GCUACAAUAAUUAUAUGCUGAUGUUGUUGCUGAUGUUAUAUAUAUGUUUGGGUUGCAUUUUCUCUUUAUAUUUAAUUGCUUCUCCUUCUUUUUCUCUGCUCAAUAAACAAACAAAACCAGUUAUCUGAGAAUUAUGGGACUCUCGAACUUUCCCUAUGCAGCAGAAGGUGUUAUGCCUGUGAUUGUGAUGAACACAGUUUUAUCUGUGGUUUUGUUAAAGAACAUGUUUAGAUCCAUUCUCCAAGUGGUUCGUUGCACAUCAAGUACUGUUACUAAUUCAUCAAAUGUUGUAGAAGAAGAAGAAGUGUACUAUCAAGAUAGUAGUAGUUCAAGGGAAAGGAGGGUGUCGAUAACACAGUAUAAGUCAUUGUGUUACAACAGGUCCAACAUAGGUAGAAGUCCUAUGGUAGAGUGUUGUGUUUGUUUGUCUGGUUUUGAAGAGAAUCAGGAGGUGAGUGAGUUGCCUUGCAAGCAUUUCUUUCAUAGAGGUUGUUUGGAUAAAUGGUUUGAUAAUAAACAUAGUUCAUGUCCUUUAUGUCGUUCAAUGGAAUAGUUAGUUAGUUUGAGGUUAAUUAGUGUUAAUUGUUAGUGUUAACUUGUUGUAGUGUUAAAGAAGAAGUUAAUGCAUGGUUCUAUUUACUUGUUUUGUGAA